UUUACACGUAAAUAUACCUCCCUCAAUUUCUAAAAUCAAGUUACACCCCCCUUUAAUUAGGGACUCCCCCCGUGAAACACUUUUCAAUGCAACUCCACAAGACUUGCCUGCUUGCAGCACAAAAUUUAAGUAAGGUCAACCAGACGCCGCGGGGGAUGAAGGCCUUCAUGUCCAUCCUUUGUAGCCGCGGCACCAAGUGGUGGUCCCCACUGAUGGCGGAUAAGGUGCAGCUAAGAAAACAUCACCUGCCCCGUAUCUUCCAAAGGAUGAGGUCGAGCCAACUUCAAGCCACCCCCCAAACUCAAACUCCCGCGUACCGGGAGCAGCCCAAGUGCAGAUUUAUUCAGUACCGCCGCCCCAAUGAGCAUUCGAAGCGUCUGGGCAUGGUCUCCGAGGAUGGCAGCAAAAUGGUAGAGCUGUCCAACGUCACCUGCGCCUCACCCAGCAUGCUCGACUUCAUUCGACAGCGGUACUGCAUGAAGAGUCUCCUGCACAGCGUGCAGUACAUGAAGGCCAGGGACGUGGAUGCUGUGUGUCCAGAGCUGUUGCCGCCCCUUGAGGCGCCCGGGAAGAUCGUAGGCGUGGACUGCAAUUACAAGGAUAACUGCGACGAGCAGAACAUUCCGAUACCGCGGGAGCCCGCCUUCUACGUGAAGUUUGCCACCUCGAUCACGGGGGCAUUGGACAUCAUCGCGCCACACUCUCCAGGCAAGAGGAUCGACUAUGGUUGCCAACUGGCCGUGGUCAUGGGGAAGCGUUGCAGGCAGGUGUCGCCCAAGGAGGCGCUUAGUAACAUCUUUGGCUACAUGGUUGUCCAGGAUAUCGUGGCCCGUGACUGGAAUUCCCUGCUUGGCGGUCGCAGUAUGGACAACUUCCUGCCCCUCGGACCAGUCAUCGUGCAUCGCUGCCAUGUCCCCGAUGUAAACAAUUUAUGGAUGAGGACGCUGGUCAAUGGGGAGGAGCGCCAGUUUGGUCACACUAGCAAUAUGAUAUUCAAGGUAGACACUCUCAUCCAUCGCCUGUCCCACUAUAUGACCCUGUGUCCGGGCGACAUCAUACUCACGGGCACACCCGCUGGAUCCGCUGCCUAUUCGGACACGACCUCCUUCCUCCAGCCUGGCGACAUGAUUGAGACAGAAAUUCAAAAUUUAGGAAAAAUGUACAAUAAAAUCAUAGAAGCGUAUAAGUAAAAUUAAUUUCAGAAAAAGGAAA